AUGGAAGAAAGUAAUGAACGUGAUCAACCUGUUUCAGCAGGGAGGCAAGAAAUGAGAAAAAGAAGGAAACCUUCUCAACCAAUGGUAGACAAAUCCCAGCAAACAGAUGUCACUGAGAAAAAGAAACACCUGACAGGUUCACAACAGGCACCAAAAGCUGUCCUUAGCCAUAGUAAUAUACAUGAAAGCAAAGCAAAGCAUUCUAAAGAAUGUGAUAAAAUGAGAUUAUCUUCUCAGCUUCAACAAACCUGGCAGAGGAGAAAACAUGGACAAGAAGUAGCAGAUAAAUCCCAGCAGACAGAGGAAAUUAAAACAGGGGGGAAAAAAGUAAAAGGAAGGAAGGCAGAAAUUCUGCCACCACAAGCCGAAUCUGAGAGUGAACAAAUUGCUCAUCCAUCUAAAGAGCAUGAAACUCCCUUAACCAGACACCCGAGCUAUUCCUUGAUAAACAGAUCUCAGCAGACAAGUUGUACUGGAGAUUGGGGUCUCAUGGCCUACUAUGGCCUUUGCAGAGAAAUGGUGGACAAGCAGACUGGAAUGAGUGACAUAGAGCUAGUAGGAUUUCCUGGUGCUAGUAGCAAAAAAGAUUCAUCAUCUCAGCCAAUGAAAGAUACUGAGGAAACUAAAGUGACACCAAGGACAUCCCGAGGAAGUUCUGCUGCUAGGAAAACUGUCCCUCCAGGAAGUGCAACUGUUAGUAAAACUUUCUCUCCCCCAGGAAGUGCCAAAAGCAUCUCUGCCAAGGGAAGUACUGAAGCUUCUAGAAGAUCUCUUUCUCCCCAGGCAAGUACUAGGGUUAGCAAAACUUACUUUACCCAUGGAAGUGCUACUGCUAGCAAAAUUUUUUCUCCCCCAGGAAGUGCCAAAGUCAUCUCUGCCCAGGGAAGCACUGAAGCUGCUAGCAGAACUCCUUCUCCCAAGGCAAGCUCUAGGGCUAGCAAAACCAUCUCUGCCCAGGGAACUGCUAGCAGAACUUUCUCUCCCCCAGUAAGUGCCAAAGUCAUCUCUGCCCAGGGAAGUACUGAAGCUGCUAGCAGAACUCCUUCUCCCAAGGCAAGCUCUAGAGCUAGCAAAGCCUCAUCUAUCGAACCCCCUGAAAAAUCUGGCUCUGAUAUAGAACAGCCUACUCUUGGUGAACUUGAAUCUUCUGACAGAGAGGGUCCUACUGAUCUAGAGUCUCCUCCUGCUGAUGCUGAAAAAGAAUUUCCUCCUGAGGAAGAAGGUCCUCUUGAGGACAUAGAGUCUCCUGUUGAAGUGGAGCCUUCUCCUAUGGAAGAGGCUCUCCUUGGUGAAGAACUUUCUCCCAUGGAAGAAGCUCCUCUUGAGGAAUUAGAGCCUUCUCCUGAGGAAGUAGAGACUGCCCCUGUGGAAGAAGCUCCUCUUGAGGAAUUGGAGCCUUCUCCUGAGGAAGUAGAGGCUGCCCCUGUGGAAGAAGCUCCUCUUGAGGAAUUAGAGCCUUCUCCUGAGGAAGUAGAGGCUGCCCCUGUGGAAGAAGCUCCUCUUGAGGAAUUGGAGCCUUCUCCUGAGGAAGUAGAGGCUGCCCCUGUGGAAGAAGCUCCUCUUGAGGAACUGGAGCCUUCUCCUGAAGAAGGAGAGGCUGCCCCUGUGGAGGAAGCUCCUCUUGAGGAACUGGAGCCUUCUCCUGAAGAAGGAGAGGCUGCCCCUGUGGAGGAAGCUCCUCUUGAGGAACUGGAGCCUUCUCCUGAAGAAGGAGAGGCUGCCCCUGUGGAGGAAGCUCCUCUUGAGGAACUGGAGCCUUCUCCUGAAGAAGGAGAGGCUGCCCCUGUGGAGGAAGCUCCUCUUGAGGAACUGGAGCCUUCUCCUGAGGAAGAAGCUCCUCUUGAGGAAUUGGAGCCUUCUCCUGAGGAAGUAGAGGCUGCCCCUGUGGAAGAAGCUCCUCUUGAGGAAUUGGAGCCUUCUCCUGAGGAAGUAGAGGCUGCCCCUGUGGAGGAAGCUCCUCUUGAGGAAUUGGAGCCUCCUCCUGAGGAAGUAGAGGCUGCCCCUGUGGAGGAAGCUCCUCUUGAGGAAUUGGAGCCUCCUCCUGAAGAAGUAGAGGCUGCCCCUGUGGAGGAAGCUCCUCUUGAGGAAUUGGAGCCUCCUCCUGAGGAAGUAGAGGCUGCCCCUGUGGAGGAAGCUCCUCUUGAGGAAUUGGAGCCUCCUUCUGAAGAAGGAGAGGCUGCCCCUGUGGAGGAAGCUCCUCUUGAGGAAUUGGAGCCUCCUCCUGAAGAAGUAGAGGCUGCCCCUGUGGAGGAAGCUCCUCUUGAGGAAUUGGAGCCUCCUCCUGAGGAAGUAGAGGCUGCUCCUGUGGAGGAAGCUCCUCUUGAGGAAUUGGAGCCUUCUCCUGAGGAAGUAGAGGCUGCCCCUGAGGAGGAAGUUCCUGUCCCUGAAGAAGCUCCUCUUGAAGAACCUCCUAUUGAAGCAGAAGCUGCCCCUGAGGAAGAAACCCCUCUUGAAGAAACAGGGUCUUCUCCUAAUGCUCCUGUAGAAGAAACACCUCUAGAUGAACUAGAGCAGCCCCCUGCUAAAAUGGAUAGUACUGUUAUGGAAGAAGUCCCUUCUGAUUUACCGCCUUCUCCUCCUGUGGACCAAGAGGAUUCUACUGAAAUAGAGGUUCCUCCAAAAGAACCAGAGUCUACUCCUGUGGAACCAGAAGCUCCUGAAGCAGAUGAGUAA